AUGAUUGUAAAAGCUUCUGAUCAUUUCUUUUUCUUUCUGUAUUUGUUUUCCAUUCCUUCUCUGUCAUCAGGAGCUAAUAAUAAUUUAGCUGUGAAUCAAGUUCUGUCUGGAUUCCAGACCCUUAUCUCUGAUGCUGGAAAUUUCGAAAUGGGUUUCUUUAAACCAGGUCAGUCUCCCAAUUUUUACAUAGGAAUUUGGUACAAGAACGUCAGAACAACUCCUGAAACUGUAGUCUGGGUAGCAAAUAGAGAGACACCCAUCUCCGAUGCAUUGUCUUCUAAAUUGCAAAUUGUAAAUGGUAACUUAGUGCUCUUAAAUGAGUCAAACACCCAAAUUUGGUCUACAAAUAUAAUCCCAACACCUACACCCACACCUUCUGCAUUAUCAGUAGUUCUUCUUGAUGAUGGUAAUUUAGUUUUGAGAAAUGAUUCAAGUUCAAUCACACCAAUUUGGCAAAGUUUUGAUCAUCCAACCCAUACUUUCUUGCCUGGUGGCAAGUUGGGAUACAACAAGCGUACAAACACAAAGCAGAUUAUCACUUCAUGGAAAAGUACAGAAGAUCCUGCAAUGGGUCCCUUUUCUUUAGAGGUUGAUCAAGAUGAGAAACAGUAUGUGAUUAAAUGGAAUAGAAGUGAACAGUAUUGGGCAAGUGGAUCUUGGAAUGGUAGAAUCUUUAGCUCUGUACCCGAAAUGAGAUUGAAUUAUAUCUAUAACUUCAGCUACGUUGACAAUGAAAACGAGAGUUAUUUUACAUAUUCUUUAUAUGAUCCUUCAAUUAUUUCAAGAUUCAUCAUGGACGUCUCAGGACAGAUUCAACAGCUGUCAUACCUUGGAGUUACAGCAGAGUGGAAUUUGUUUUGGUCUCAACCUAGAGUAGUGUGUGAGGUCUAUGCUGUGUGUGGGGCUUUUGGUAGUUGCAGGCAGAACGAAUUUCCAUUCUGUAAUUGCUUGAGUGGCUUCAAGCCAAGAUCAGAGAGAGAUUGGAAUCAGAGUGAUUUCUCUGGUGGGUGUGUGAGAAAAAUUGAAUUUAAUUGUAGUGUUAAGGAUGAAAAACCUGGCUUCAUUGUAGGUUAUCUCCCAGUGAUACCGGUUUCCAAAUUUCUGGAAACAGGAACUCCAAAGGAUGAAGCGGCAUGCCAAAGAUCUUGCUUGGAUGACUGCAGUUGUGACGCAUAUGGGGAUUCUAAUAAUCCGACAUUUCCAUUAAAAAUCAAAGUUUCUGCGUCCGAUCUUGCUAACACUACUACAAAAAUCAAUACCAAAGUUCUAGUAGCAGGAAUCGUUUCAGGGUUUUGUGGUCUUGUGUUUCUUUGUAGCAUUGGUAUUAUAUUCUACAGAAGGGUGAAAAGAAAAGGAAGCAGAGAUAAUGGGGGGAAUUUUGAACUUGAUUUUCAAAACAAUGGAAGAAAUGUUAGAUAUUUGGUAGAUCCAGGGAUAUUGAGUGCAGAAGAUAGAAAAGGAAUUGAUGUGCCUUUCAUUCAAUUUAAAACCAUAUUAUCUGCCACGAACAAUUUUUCACUUGCAAAUAAACUUGGUCAAGGGGGAUUUGGGCCUGUUUACAAGGGAAUGCUUCCUGGAGUUGGUGAAGUGGCAGUGAAAAGGUUGGCUAGCCAAUCAGGACAAGGGCUUAAGGAAUUUAAAAAUGAAGUUGUCUUGAUUGGGAAACUUCAACAUCGUAAUCUUGUUAAGCUCUUGGGAUACAGCAUGAAAGAUCAUGAAAUGAUACUACUUUAUGAAUACAUGCCUAAUAAAAGCUUGGAUCGUUUCAUAUUUGAUAGGACGCUUUCUGUGUGUCUUGAUUGGGAUUUACGGUUUGAUAUCAUCAUGGGGAUUGCUCGAGGACUUUUGUAUCUUCACCAAGAUUCACGGUUGAGGAUUAUUCAUAGAGAUUUGAAAGCAAGCAAUGUGUUAUUAGAUGAAGAUAUGAAUCCCAAGAUUUCAGACUUUGGUUUGGCAAAGAUAGUUAAAGGCCGAGAAACCGAAGAUAAUACCACUAGAGUUGUUGGAACCUACGGUUAUAUGUCUCCAGAAUACGCGUUAGAUGGAUUGUUCUCGGUAAAAUCCGAUGUUUUUAGCUUUGGAGUGGUUUUACUGGAGAUUAUUAGUGGGAAAAGAAACACGGGUUAUUAUCAUAAUCAACAAGCCUUUAGCCUUAUAUCCUAUGCGUGGGGUUUGUGGAAAGCAAAAAGGCCACUUGAAUUAGUAGAUCUUGCAUUAGUAGAUUCAUGCAACUCGAUUGAAGUGUUGAGAUGUAUGAUUGUUGGGCUAUUGUGCAUACAAGAAGACCCUGGAGAUCGGCCAACAAUGGUAAAUGUGGUUUUAAUGUUAGGGAUGGAUAUUGAGAGCCUACCGGAUCCUAAAGAACCAGCUUUUGUGUCAAAAAAAAGUAUUGAUAGGUUGCCAUCAUCUUCUAGUAAGUCGGAAAUUAAUCAGUUGACUAUUACUCAAGAAGAAGGUCGGUAAGAAAAUGGAAUGGAAUCUUGUCCAUUUUUUUUGUUUUAUAGAAUAAAAAAUCAAAUAAAAAAAUCAAAUGUAAAUUGUAAAAAAUUAGAACUUAUAAAUGAUGUUGGAGUUGAGCACGGUUCGGUCCGGAUUAGUUUUAGAUUAAGGGCGUGUUCCACAAAACUACUUGGUAGCGGGUAGCAUUUUGUUAAACAUUACGUGAGAUAACUUUUGGAUUUGAAGUGUUUUGUUUAAACUGAAAACUUCUAGUGCCAAACAAUGUUUAUUAUUAAAAAUG